CAUGGCCAUAUAUUGCUUUAUAUUCCAAUGUGACGAAAGCCUUUCCUAUAUAUUUCUUCUCACCGGGUAACUCUCGUUGGCAGGUUUGUCCGAAGGUUCAGGGGACUAUGAUAAACCACACAAGCGUCACGGAUCUCUUAUAUCUCGCCAGCGCUUUUUGUGUAGCAGCAAUCGUCUUGUUUCACCAUCGUCACUUGCCGACAUGCAAGACCUGCUGCCACCGCCUGUCGUGUCUUCCGAUAUUCGUGUACCCAUCCGCGGUGACCCUUCGGACCAUGAGGAGCUCACAACUGAAAAAUAUACCCCGCUGCUUGGAACAAACUCAUCGUCUUCCCCAUCUACACGCCGCUCGCUGAGAUUUUGGCUCAUUCUUUACUUUUGCUUCAACCUUGGACUUACCUUGUACAACAAAGGUGUCCUCAUCCGCUUUCCUUUCCCGUACACCCUCACUGCGCUGCAUGCUUUCUGUGGGACCAUUGGAGGGUUCAUAUUGCUGAAAAAUGGUACAUUCGUACCUGCUAGACUCACCGACGCAGACAACUUGGCGCUUGGGACAUUUAGUGUAUUAUACACCAUUAACAUCGCCAUCAGCAACGUAUCUCUGCAUAUGGUCACUGUUUCGUUUCAUCAAGUAAUCCGUGCAGCCACGCCGAUUUUCAUAAUUCUUCUCUCGACCUUCUUAUUUGGCACCCGGUGUAGUAAUCACAAGAUGGUAUCCCUGAUCCCUGUCAUGGUUGGCGUUGGUUUUGCGACGUAUGGAGAUUAUUCGUACACAACAAGCGGACUCAUUUUGACCGUACUGGGAACAGUACUUGUUGCCAUUAAGACUGUCUACACUUCUAUUCUGCAGUCUACCCCAUCAUCGAUCUCCUCGCAGCCACGCAUAAAUUUUGUCGUCCCCCCGCGGUUAAAAUUGCAUCCGCUAGACCUGUUGACGCGGAUGGCGCCGCUUGCAUUCGUCCAGUGCGUUUUCCUCGCCUACCUCACGGGGGAAUUAUCACGCGUGCAUACAUGGAGUUUAGAAGAGAUGACGCCCGUCAAAGCGGCGCUCCUUGGGGUUAAUGGCCUGAUUGCUUUUGGUCUCAAUAUUGUGAGUUUUACGGCGAAUAGGGUAGCAGGCCCUCUGAGUAUGACUGUUGCUGCCAAUGUCAAACAAGUCCUCUCUGUAUUUUGUGCGGUCAUUCUAUUCAAAAUUACAAUAACGCCGACAAACGCGCUUGGCAUCCUUCUCACGAUCAUUGGCGGAAUGUGGUACGCAGCCGUUGAAUAUCAAGAAAAGAGAGUAAAUGGAGAAAGUAGAUCAUGAUUGAGGUGAUGUUGAUGCUAGAGCUGUUCAUUCUUAGUGACUGCAUUUUACUGUAGCCCCUUCGCUUUUCGAAACCAUUAGACAUGCACAAUGCAUGCACACGUCCCAUCUUUUGGACUCAUACCAUAUCUGUAAUAUAGAGAUAUUUUAUCCAUAGCUCUCGGAUAAUGCCGUUUGGAU